UGAGGGGUUGUGUGAAAAUUAUUUUUCUCUUGCGGAACCACAAAGACAGAAUCAAAGUGCUUCUUUUGGCCACACUGGCUUUUCUUUCUUUCUCUUUUUUCUCCUCUCUCUUCUAUUUCUGGUGGAUAUUAUGGCUAAUAACACAACAAGUUUAGGAAGUCCGUGGCCAGAAAACUUUUGGGAGGAUCUUAUCAUGUCCUUCACAGUGUCCAUGGCUAUCGGGCUCGUGAUCGGAGGAUUUAUUUGGGCUCUGUUUGUCUGUUUGUCUCGAAGAAGAGCGAGCGCCCGCAUCUCCCAUUGGAGUUCAAGUCGGCGACCUCGGUCUUCUUACACUCACGGCCUCAACAGGCCCGGAUUUUACCGCCACAGUGGCUGCGAGCGCCGCAGCAACCUCAGCCUGGCCAGUCUCACCUUCCAGCGACAAGCUUCCCUGGAACAAGGCAAUUCCUUUCCCAGAAAAUCAAGCUUCAGGGCUUCCACGUUCCAUCCAUUUCUGCAAAGUCCACCCCUUCCCGUGGAAACGGACAGUCAGGUGAUGACUCUCCCCGCUGCCCCGACCUCCCCCACCAUCCUCACGGCGCACAGCCUGCGGCGCCCGGACUUCCACUGGUCCAGCAGCAGCCUUCCCGUGGGCCUCUCCCCGCCGCCUCCGCCUACCUACGAGUCCAUCAUAAAGGCAUUCCCAGAUUUCUGACCAGGAGCUUUCGCUAACUUGGUUCCUUCUUUCCUUGUCUUUUCUUGAAAGGAAAUCAUAAACAGACGAAGCAGAAUUUUGAGGACAUGGCCCAAACGACCAAGGAGUUCCCCAACUGGAACAUGCUCAGACAAGUUGGACGUUACAAUGUACAUUUUCCCUGAUCCCAUUUUUUCCUUAUCUCACAAAUAAGGAAUAUUUUCGCAACUCGUGGUAUAUUUAUGUAUUUUGUACUCAAUGUGAGGAUUUUUAAAGGCCGUGAUGCUAAUCUAAGAAUCAUCAGUAAUACAGUAUGUAUAUUUUAGACUACAAUAAAAACAAGGUAGUGGUGGUUUACAAUCCCCGUUCACUGUCCGAUGUGAUUGCAUAGGGUCAAAGACAUCAGUGUCACUUAAAAUGUGUUCUGGCCUGAGGAAUUUUAAUGUUGCUUUCUUCGGAAUGACGAGUGAACGAUUUUACAGCCUUGGGUCUCUAAUGAAUUAUAUGGGCACGACAUGACGGAACACAGAAGAUUCCAAAGUUCCCUGAUUCCGCUCACUUAGGCAAAGUAUGGGAAUCAAGCUGAGCUCUGUGAGUGUCACAGGGUACUUCCAUUGCUAACCUUCACUUUUGUGCUUUUCCUCAGAAUAGUUUUCCACACGUCACGGAGGCAGAACCCCUGGAUUUACUCACAUGAUAAUUUACCUUCUUCACUGUUGUAGUUAUAUUUUAGAAAAGCAACAGCCACAAAUCCAAUUCACUUAACCUAAAAACACACGUCAACACUGAGCUUAUAUUUUUUCUAAGGGAUACGUUUUAUUUCUUAGAUUUAAACCUAGCAAUAGGGAAAGCACUUUAUCUAGAGACUUUCUCCUGUAAUUUCACAAAUGAAACAAAGAAGUUGGAGUCAGUGGGAACAAAGUCUGUCAUUGAAAUGGAUGUUACACCCAUGAAGAAUUCUCCUUCCUGGAUUGACUCAUCAGGCAUCAUCCCUCGUUUACAUUUCUAUGAAUUCAACUUCAGAUUCUGUGAAGAGUCUUUAUAAAUGACCAGAGGCCCGGUGCACGGAUUCGUGCACACUGAAAGGAAAUUAAUUAGAAGAACUAUUUUAGAGGCCAGGGAGGGACCGCGGGAGGUUGGCCAGACUGGGAGGAACCACGGGAGGGCUCCAGGGCAUGUCUGGCCCGUUUUGCCCAGUCCCAAUUAGCCAGACCCCAGCAGCAAGCUAACCUACUGGUCGGAGCAUCUGCCCCCUGAGGGUUAGUGCACAUCAUAGCGACCGGUUGAAUGGUCAAACGGUUGGACACUUAGCAUAUUAGGCUUUUAUAUAUAGAGAUUAAACCAUGCCAUAACUGCAGGCAGUUAUUUAAGGAGUUCACUUCCACAGACGGCCAUCUUCUUAAAGAAAGGUACAUCCCAAAUGUGGGUACCAGAGAACUUCAGGGGCCAGAUGUCUGUGGCUGCCCUUUUUCAUAUAAGGACACAAGUUCACUGGAUAAUGACUCUAAAGGCCUGUGCUUUAUUUCUAAUACAGUGAAUAUUUUGCUUAUGUUGCUGUUUGUUUGCUCCUAUGAACGUUGGGAAUUUUGUUGAAGAAAAACGUACUCUCAUUUUAGCUUCUGCAAUGCAGUGGUCACAGCUACUAGUGUCUACAUAUGGCUUAAGAUUGUAAUGAUUUUUAGAUAAUAAGAUUUUUUACAUAGCAUCUUCCUUAUUAUUUUUGUUUAGCUUAUAUUUAUAUUGUUCCUUAAGGACAAUUAUUAUUAAUGAUGUCUAUAGAUAGAUUCUCUUUAAUGCAAUAUACCAGAAAGAAAAGAAGGAAAGAAAGAAAAAAAGCUCACAGGAUAACCAAUUUGUUCUAAGUUUUUGUUGUUAUUGUUUUGUUGUGUGUGUGUGUGUGUGUGUGUGUGUGUGUUUAACACAUUUAACAAUCAUCAUAUAGCCACAUAAAAUUUCAAGGGAUCAUUAACUUAGUAACAAAGCUAUCUUGCAUGUAUGUCAUUUUUAUUGUUUAACAUGAGAAGUUAAACAGAUUUUAUAUUGGGAGUAAAAACUGUUUUAUAUCGCACAAUCAAAAUGAGUGUCUUGUAAAUAUUGUGCAAUGUCUGAAAUGUGAAAUUAAAGCACAACCUGCAGACUUUUUUAGUUGUAUUUUUUAUUUGAAAUGUUUAAUAUUUUUAUGAAACAAAAUUAAACUGAUGUUAAUUUUG